AUGGCGAGUGGGUUCGUGUAUGCCGACACCUCCAAGGGCCUGUAUAAGCUAUUCCAUAAAUCUCACUUUGCCCUUGCGGGCCUCGUCCCCGCUACCUUGGCCUUGCCGUCCGAUGGCUUCCCAGCCAAGCUCGCGGACGUGGGUCUCGCGGCAGUCCUCCCUCUCCACAGCCACGUUGCGAUGAACAGCGUGGUGACCGACUACGUUCCGAAGGCUCUGCAGCUCCCAGCCAGGGCAGGCGUGAUUGGACUCUCGGCCGUCACAUUCAUUGGGUUGAUGAAGCUCUCUCUCACAGGCGACGGCAUUGGCGGGACCGUGAAGAAAAUCUGGGCUGGUCCGCAGAAGGCUUGA